AUGGGUGGUUACUCCGCCGCCAUCGCCGCCGUCACCACCAUCCUCCUCCUGUUCCCGGCGCCGACUUCCCAAGCCCAGAUUCUCAACACUGAAACCCACGUUUUCGGUCCCUUCAACCAAUCCUACUUCAACACGUUCGCGGUGUUGCCCAAUGCCGCCAUUAAUCUGGACGCUCUCCAAGUAACACCAGACAGCACCGGCAACGUGUCCCUCGCCAACCACUCCGGCAGAAUCUUCUUCAACACCCCCUUCACUCUCUGGGACGACGACAAUAACCUCGACGGAAAAAUCGUCUCCUUCAACACUUCUUUUCUGAUAAACGUGUACCGUCCCAAAAAUGACACUCCCGGCGAGGGUAUUGCCUUCCUCAUCGCGCCUUCUCCCUCCAAGCCUCCUCUCAACAGUCACGGCGAGUUUCUCGGCCUCACGAACGCCUCCACGGACGGCAACCUCACCAACCAAAUCCUCGCCGUCGAACUUGACACCGUGAGGCAGGACUUCGACCCCGAUGACAACCACAUCGGGCUGGACAUUAACGGCGUCAGGUCCAACGUCACUACGCCUCUCACUCCCUUGGGCUUCGAGAUCGUGCCCAACGUCACGCGCUUCCACGUGUUGUGGGUGGAGUAUGACGGUGACCGGAAGGUUGUCGACGUGUUCAUGGCGGUGCAGCCUGAUAAGGACGCGCCCAUAGUGGCGAAACCUGCUAAGCCCGUUUUGAGUUCAUCUCUCGAUCUGAAGCAAGUGGUAAACAGGGUUUCUUAUUUUGGGUUCUCUGCUUCGACCGGUGACAACGUUGAACUAAACUGCGUUCUGAGGUGGAACAUUUCUAUUGAAGUUUUCCCCGAAAAAAAUGGGAUUGGAAAUGCUUUGAAGAUUGGGUUGGGUGUUGGAGUUCCUCUUGUGGUUCUUCUAGUGGCGGGUGUUGUAGGGUGGGUUUAUUGGUUAAGUAGAAAGAAUAGGGAAAGUGAGACCCAGAUUUUGGGCACUCUCAAGAGUUUACCAGGAACUCCCAGAGAGUUUAGGUUUCAAGAAUUGAAGAAAGCAACUAAUAAUUUCGAUGAAAGGCAUAAGCUUGGACAAGGUGGAUACGGCGUCGUUUACAGAGGAACACUUCCGAAGGAGAAGUUGGAAGUAGCUGUGAAAAUGUUUUCCAGAGAUAAGAUGAAAAGCACGGAUGAUUUCUUGGCUGAACUCACCAUUAUCAAUCGUCUUCGUCACAAAAACCUCGUUCGCUUACUUGGGUGGUGUCAUAGAAACGGGGUGUUGUUGUUGGUGUAUGAUUACAUGCCUAAUGGAAGUUUGGACAACCACAUUUUCUGUGAGGAAGGGAGCAGCAAUACCCCACUAAGUUGGUCUCUAAGGUACAAGAUCAUAACAGGGGUGGCUUCUGCAUUGAACUACCUACACAAUGAGUAUGAUCAGAAAGUGGUCCACAGAGACCUUAAGGCCAGCAACAUCAUGCUGGACUCAGACUUCAAUGCUCGUUUAGGUGACUUCGGUUUGGCUCGUGCAUUGGAGAAUGGGAAAACAUCAUAUGCAGAGUUGGAAGGAGUGCAUGGCACCAUGGGGUACAUUGCCCCUGAGUGCUUCCACACGGGGAGGGCCACAAGGGAAUCGGAUGUUUACGGGUUUGGAGCAGUGCUCCUUGAGGUGGUGUGUGGCCAAAGGCCAUGGACCAAGAAUCAGGGGUAUGAGUGCUUGGUGGAUUGGGUAUGGCUCCUGCAUCGUGAGCAAAGGAUACUUGAUGCAGUAGAUCCAAGACUUGAGCAUGACUGUGUUGCUGAAGAGGCAGAGAGGGUUCUGAAACUAGGAUUAGCAUGCUCUCACCCAAUUGCCAGUGAGAGACCAAAGAUGCAAACAAUUGUUCAGAUCAUAUCUGGUUCAGUGCCUGUGCCUCAUGUUCCACCUUUCAAGCCAGCUUUUGUGUGGCCAGCCAUGGAUCUAUCAAGCCUUGCAAGUGAGCUCACACAAACCACAACCACUGAAUACACACCCAUGAACAGUAACACACAUUCUAUGCAUGUUGAUUUCUCAGAUAGCGGUUCUCUCGUCUAA